AUGUCUUUGGGGGGGCGGGCGGCCCUGCUGCGGUUGGGGCUGCGGGGCACCCCCCGGGGGGAGGUGAGCCCCGAUUUCCUCUCCCUCACCCUGGACGCCAGCCUGGCCCGCGACCCCCGCUAUGUCGCCUUGCUCAGCAAUCCCAAACUGCGUGCCCUGGCAACAGCCCUGUCCCCAGGCUUCCUGAGGUUCGGCGGCACCGAGACGGAUUUUCUCAUCUUCGAUCCCAACAAAGAUUCAACUUUGGAAGAAAAAAUCCUCUGGGAACUUCAGAGCAAGCAAGAGGCUUGCGGCUCCAGGCCGGCGUUCGCCGCAGUGGAGAAGCUGCUGCUGGCCCAGUGGCCCAGCCAGGAGAAGCUGAUUCUUGCAGAGCAUAACUGGAAAAAGCACAAAAACACCACCAUCACAAGAAACACGCUGGAUAUUCUCUACAGCUUUGCAAACUGCUCGGGGUUUCACCUGGUCUUCGGGCUCAACGCCUUGCUGCGGAAAGACGGCUUGCAGUGGGACAGCUCGAACGCCCGGGCACUGCUGGACUACUGUGCCUCACGGAGCUACAACAUCUCCUGGGAGCUGGGAAACGAGCCCAACAGCUUCAGGAAGAAAUCUGGUGUCUACAUCGAUGGCUUCCAGCUGGGGCAAGAUUUUAUUCGCUUACGCCAACUUCUGAGUGACUAUACCCUCUACCAGCACGCGAAGCUCUACGGUCCUGACGUCGGGCAGCCCCGAAAGCACACACAGAAACUGCUGAGAAGCUUCCUGAAGUCAGGAGGGAAGGUGAUCGAUUCCGUCACGUGGCACCACUACUAUGUGAAUGGACGAAGUGCAACGAGGGAGGAUUUCUUGAGCCCCAAAGUGCUGGAUAGCUUUGCCACAUCCGUACAUGAAGUCCAGCAGAUCGUUGGUGGGACUGUGCCCGAGAAGAAGAUCUGGCUAGGAGAGACGAGUUCUGCCUACGGAGGUGGAGCUCCCAGGCUGUCCAACACUUAUGUUGCUGGCUUUAUGUGGUUGGACAAACUCGGGCUUUCAGCCAGGCAGGGGAUUGACGUGGUGAUGAGACAGGUUUUCUUCGGGGCGGGGACCUACCACCUGGUGGACGCCAACUUUGAGCCUUUGCCGGACUACUGGCUCUCGCUGCUCUACAAGAAGCUGGUGGGUACCAAAGUGUUGCAUGUCAGCCUGGUGGGAGCCGACGAGAAGCAGCUCCGUGUCUACCUCCACUGCACCAACACCCUCCACCCGAAGUACAGAGAAGGGGACGUGACGCUGUUUGCCUUAAACCUCUACAAUGUCACCCAACAUUUGCAGCUACCGAAUUACUUAUCGAGCAAGCACGUGGACCAGUACCUCUUACUGCCUCAUGGCAAAGAGACCAUACUUUCCAGGUCUAUGGAGCUGAACGGCCGCGUGCUACGGAUGGUGGAUGACAAAACGCUGCCAGAGCUUAUGGAAAAACCCCUUGGUCCCGGCAGCACGUUCGGCCUCCCAGCCUUCUCCUACGGCUUUUACGUUAUCAGAAACGCCAAAGCUACUGCUUGCAUUUAAAGGGCUGCACGCGCGCACGCAGGACAAGUGUAAAGCACUCGGCUCGUUAGGGAAGUUUAAUCCUAGAAAUUCACGUUUCUGCCGUGAGAUUUAAUUCUGGCAAGGGAUUGCAGGUGUGGCAGCACCGCGACAGCCUGUGGGCUGGGGGAAGCAGGAGGUCGCGCUGGGUGAUUGGUACAGGAAAGAUGCUCCUUAAGCAUCCUUGGAGAUGAUCCAAGAAGAGCUAUCCCAGGAAGGAGCUGGAUUUGCUCUCGAGUCACUGUGCCCGAGCAUGGAGACCUUUUCCACGCCACACGUGGAGCUGAAUCAACUUCUCAUGCUGCACCUGGGGUUCUGCCAGCCGGGAACUGCAACCUCCCCUCUCCCUCAUUUCUGCAAGCACAGCUCUUGAAGCAGUUCCUUCAAAAGUUUUCCUUCGGAAAGGACAGAUGAGCAGGGUUUUCGUUGCAGCUGUACAGCUGUGAUUUUGCCUGCACCACGUGGGGAAGCCUGAGGAGGGGGCUGAGGUUGCUGAGGGCAUCUUGGGGUGGAAAGCGAGGACACACAAAGCCAAGCGUGGUCAGAACGCCUGGCUGAGAAACCAGGUCCUCCAUGGGAUUUGGGGCAGCAGCAGCAUGUAUUUUUCCCAAGCUAGGAGAGUUUGGUCACAAGAAGGAGCUGUGGCCAUAUGUGGCUUUCCAAAGGCAAGUUUUUGACACAGGAAAUGCAGGCUGUUCCUGCAGGGUGGUCCUACCUCUGCCCCCACACACUUCAUCCCUGGGAGGAGAGGAGCCCAUCAGCGCCCAGGCAAACCCUCCAUGGUCAGUGGGCUGCAUGGGGAGGGCUCAUGACUGGUUCAGCUGGAAAGGACUUCCCUGAACACAUCUGCAGGUGAAGCUCUGCUUUACACUCCCCAACUCACUCAGGUUUCUUCUGUCCUUGAGGAAAGGGAAGAAUAAGGAGACUGAGCAAAACCCCAACCCUUCCACCAUCGGAGGGACUUCAGUGGCCUUAGAACAUCCUGGGGACAAACCUGCGCACCCUGCUGAGGUCCAGUGGGCCACCAGCUACUUUCCUCUGGCUGGAGGGCUGCUGGUCUGCAGGUCAGCAGAAAGCCUGGGAGAAUACCUCUGGUCUUCCCCACACGUUUAUUUGCACCUGCUUUUUUUUGAGCCAUAUAACUCAUGCCACUGUCAGCGCCUUACAAUAUUUUGAGCACAGCAGGAAAAAACUCUAUUUCCCUUCUUAAAAAAAACUUUCAAGUGAUGCCACCAGCUACAUGAGGUUUCAACGCAAGGCAGGGGGGAGAGGGAGCCGUUUUUAGUGAGAAGACUUUAAAAACAGACACACUUUGGAAGCUGUGGUGAAAAACUGCACGCCGAAAAGUUGGUAUUUAAGUUCACUAUGAAAACAGUUUUUGUACCCGCAGUGCAGAUGCAUUCUGUGAAGGGUUAUGUAUCAGGGGGUAAUAUAGAUCAGAAAUGAGACUAAUGAAGGCUAAGUUUGUUUACAUUGUCCAAAGCAAAGAGAGCAUAAAAUGGAGUGAAAAGUCUUACAUACAGUCAAUGUAAAGUUAAUAAUAUAUUAUUAUUAUAGUAAUGUCAGUUACAACUAAGACAUCAAAGUUAUCAUUUGCCUGGUAGCUUCUUUUUACAACUUUUCUAACAGUUUUGUUAAUUCCAAUGCUUGUGGCUUAUACUUGAAGAUUUUAAUUAAAGUGGUUUUUACCAGC